ACACACAUGACUUUUUGUUGUGAAUGGUCCCGACACCGCUCGUAUUUUUUUUUUGCCGGCGUGAAGCAGCCGUCAGCCCGCAGCGCUACCUGCAGAGCCCGCGUCGCGCACACCCAUGGGUGUCGCUGCAGUGACAGCCUCCUGCGCUUGAACCGUGCACGGUCGCAUUGAACGGGUGCAAUUACUUUCAAGGAGUCAUUCACGCAAGCUAUUUCGGACCCGACUGGAAACGUGCAGACAAUUCGGGUAAUUUCGUUUGAGGAGCCACACGGAGCGCUGCAGCAGAGGAGGGAGCGAGAGCCGCGGCUGCUACGAGGAGAGGCACCGAGGUGAUGCGAGAGCUGGCCAGGAAAACAAAGAUCCAAGUCUAGGAAAGCAAACUGUCGGGCGUCCCCUCUGGAGACGGAUCGGGACUGUGGCUCAGCACAGCGAAAUGUAGUGCCUCACUGCCCUCAAAUCCGGAUUUGGAGACCUGCCUGCUGUCUACUCAUGAUUUUUCCAUAAUCUAGUCCAGGGCAUCUGCUGCAGCCAUGUUUAGGAACAGCUUGAAGAUGCUGCUGACGGGGGGCAAGGCCAACCGCAAGAGUCGCAGCAGUGAUGGUGGGAGUGAGGACCUGGCAGACCCCCGCUCGCCCAGUCUAGACCCUCACCUGAGCCACACCGGCCAAGGUGGCAGCAUAGACAGCGACUGCGCCUUUGAGGGAGACUACGCUGUGCCCCCACUCUCCAUGACUGAGGGCAUGCAGCACAUUCGCAUCAUGGAGGGCGUGUCGCGCUCGCUGCCCUCCUCCCCGCUGCUCACCCACCAGACCAUCAGCGUCAGGCUGCAGCCCGUCAAGAAGCUCACAGCCCCUCUGCGGAAAGCAAAGUUUGUGGAGAGCCCUCGCAUUCCACAAUCAGAGCUUGGCUCCCCUACACACACCUCCACCACUGCCAAGAAUCCAGACCUGGACUCAUACUGCCCGGGGGAGUCAAGCCAGGAGCUGGGCCCCCCUCCGUCGGUGGAUGAGGCAGCCAACACAUUGAUGACGCGCCUGGGCUUCCUUCUGGGAGACAAAGUGAGCGAGGGGCCGGCCGGCACCCAGUACAGCAUGGAGGAACCCGAGGCGAGACAGGGCCAGAACCAGAGGAUCAGCCCGUGCUCCACCCUGACCAGCAGCACUGCCUCCCCCCCUGCAGGGAGCCCCUGCUCCACCCUGCCCCCCACCAUGCCCGGCCAGGCCGGCAACAAAGACUGUGCCUACGGCUCCGUCACCAGUCCCACCUCAACCCUGGAGAGCAGGGACAGUGGCAUCAUCGCGACCCUGACCAGCUACUCGGAGAACAUGGAGCGAGGCAGCAAAUACGGCGAGGGCUCCCGGGGCAACCUCAAGCUGUGGCAGUCCCAGAAAUCAGGCAUGGACUCGUUCCUGUACCGGGUGGACGAGAACAUGACCGCCUCCACCUACAGCCUCAACAAAAUCCCUGAGCGCAACCUGGAGAGCAUGUCCUCCCACUCCGCCCACUCCAUCCCUCUGUACCUCAUGCCCCGCCCUAACUCUGUGGCUGCUACCAGUUCAGCCCACCUGGAGGACCUGGCAUACCUGGAUGAGCAGAGACACACUCCAUUACGUACUUCGCUGCGCAUGCCCAGACAGAGCACCACCUGCGGGCCGGGCCGCUCCGGGCAGGACCUGAGAGCUUCCGCUAAUAACACCCAUGCCUGGCAAUCCCAGUCACUACGUUUUGCACCCUAUCGGCCUCAAGACAUCGCCCUCAAACCUCUGCUGUUUGAGGUGCCCAGCAUCACCAUGGACUCUGUGUUCACCGGCCGAGACUGGCUCUUCCAGGAGAUCGACGCCCAGCUCAACAGCUCCAACGCCAGCACCAACCGCGGCGUGGUGGUGGUGGGCAACAUCGGCUUCGGCAAGACCGCCAUCAUCUCCCGCCUGGUGGCGCUCAGCUGCCACGGCACCCGCAUGAGACAGAUUGCCUCCGACAGCCCCCAGGCCUCGCCUAAACAUGGAGAGGGGCUCCCUCUCUCCCAGCCCCAGCCCUCACACGGCACCCUUGGAGGAGGCAGCUGUCCCGGGACCCCUGAGAUGAGGCGACGUCAAGAGGAAGCCAUGAGGAGGCUGGCGUCCCAGGUGGUGGCGUACCACUACUGCCAGGCGGAUAACGCUUACACCUGUUUAGUGCCGGAGUUUGUGCACAAUGUAGCGGCUCUGCUGUGCCGCUCGCCUCACCUUGUCGCCUACAGGGAGCAGCUGCUGAGGGAGCCACACCUGCAGAGCAUACUCAGCCUGCGCUCCUGCGUCCAGGACCCCCUGGCUUCUUUCAGGAGAGGGGUCCUCGAGCCCCUGGAUGCACUUUACAAAGAGAGGAAGAUCAGCUCCGAGGAGGACCUCAUCAUCCUUAUCGAUGGUCUGAACGAGGCGGAGUUCCACAAGCCGGACUACGGAGACACCAUCGUCUCUUUCCUCACCAAAACCAUCAAUAAGUUCCCUCCGUGGCUCAAGUUGGUGGUGACAGUCAGAACGACAUUACAGGAGAUCACCAAGCAGCUGCCGUUCCACCGCAUCUCUCUGGACGGCCUGGAGGAGAACGACGCCAUCGACCAGGACCUGCAGGGCUACAUCCUGCACCGCAUCCACAGCAGCCCGGAGAUCCAGAACAACAUCUCCCUCAACGGCAAGAUGGACAACACCACUUUCGGCAAGCUCAGUGCCCACCUCAAGGCCCUGAGCCAGGGCUCUUAUCUGUACCUCAAGCUCACCUUUGACCUCAUUGAGAAGGGCUACCUGGUCCUCAAAAGCUCCAGUUACAAGGUGGUGCCAGUGAACCUGGCAGAGGUGUACCUGCUGCAGUGCAACAUGCGCUUCCCCACACAGUCAUCCUUCGAGCGGGCGCUUCCCCUGCUCAACGUGGCUGUGGCCUCGCUGCACCCGCUCACUGACGAGCAGAUAUACCAGGCCAUCAACGCUGGUUCACUACAGGGCACACUGGACUGGGAGGACUUCCAGCAGCGUGUGGACAACCUGUCAGUCUUCCUGGUUAAGAGGAGAGACGGCACCAGGAUGUUUGUCCAUCCCUCCUUCAGGGAGUGGUUGAUCUGGAGGGAGGAGGGCGAGAAGACCAAGUUCCUCUGCGAUCCAAGGAGCGGACACACCCUGCUGGCCUUCUGGUUCUCGCGGCUGGAGAACAAGCUGAACAGGCAACAGACUAUUGAGCUGGGCCAUCACAUCCUCAAAGCACACAUCUUCAAGGGUCUCAGCAAGAAAGUUGGGGUUUCUUCAUCUAUCUUGCAAGGCCUGUGGAUAUCCUACAGCACAGAGGGCCUUUCAACUGCACUUUCUUCACUCCGAAACCUCUACACUCCCAACAUCAAGGUGAGCAGGCUGCUGAUGCUGGGCGGCGCAAAUGUGAACUACCGUACGGAGGUGCUGAACAACGCCCCGGUGCUGUGCGUCCACUCCCACCUGGGCUACAUGGACAUGGUGGCUCUGCUGCUGGAGUUUGGAGCCUCCGUCGACUCCCCCUCCGAGAGCGGCCUCACACCGCUGGGCUACGCCGCCUCUGGCGGACACAUGGCCAUCGUUACUGCACUCUGCCGCAGGAAAGCAAAGGUGGACCACCUGGAUAAGAACGGCCAGUGUGCCCUGGUGCAUGCGGCCCUGAGGGGCCACAUGGAGGUGGUGAAGUUCCUCAUCCAGUGCGACUGGGGCAUGGGGGCGCAGCAGCAGUCGCCGCAGACCCAACAGCAGCCGACCCUCACCAAGAGCCACGCCGUCCAGCAGGCGCUCAUCGCUGCAGCCAGCAUGGGCUACACAGAGAUUGUGUCCUACCUGCUGGACCUGCCGGAGAAAGAUGAAGAGGAGGUGGAGCGCGCUCAGAUCAAUAACUUUGACACCCUGUGGGGAGAGACAGCCUUGACUGCAGCCUCUGGCCGGGGGAAGCUGGAGGUUUGUCGUCUGCUCCUCGAGCAGGGGGCGGCGGUGGCCCAGCCCAACAGACGCGGCAUCGUCCCGCUGUUCAGCGCCGUCCGACAGGGACACUGGCAGAUUGUGGACCUCCUCCUGACCCACGGAGCCGAUGUCAACCUGGCUGAUAAGCAGGGGCGCACUCCUCUAAUGAUGGCAGCCUCAGAGGGACACCUGGGAACGGUGGAGUUCUUGCUCGCCCAAGGGGCCUCCCUGUCGCUGAUGGACAAGGAGGGCCUGACGGCUCUGAGCUGGGCGUGUCUGAAAGGCCACCUGCCUGUCGUCCGCUGCCUGGUGGAGAGCGGAGCCGCCACCGACCAUGCCGACAAGAACGGCCGCACGCCCCUCGACCUGGCUGCCUUCUAUGGCGACUCUGAGGUGGUCCAGUUCCUGGUUGACCACGGGGCCAUGAUAGAGCAUGUGGACUACAGUGGGAUGCGUCCCCUCGACAGGGCAGUGGGCUGCAGAAACACGUCAGUGGUGGUCGCCCUGCUCAAGAAAGGAGCCAAGAUAGGUCCAGCCACGUGGGCCAUGGCCACCUCCAAACCCGACAUCAUGAUCAUCUUACUCAGCAAACUGAUCGAGGAGGGGGACAGCUUCUACAAGAAGGGGAAGGUGAAGGAGGCAGCCCAGCGUUACCAGUAUGCCCUCAAAAAGUUCCCACGCGAGGGCUUCAGCGAGGACCUCAAGACGUUCAGGGAACUCAAAGUGUCACUCUUCCUCAACCUGUCCCGAUGUCGAAGGAAAAUGAACGACUUUGGGAUGGCUGAGGAAUUUGCUACCAAGGCGCUUGAACUGAAACCAAAAUCCUACGAAGCGUAUUACGCCAGGGCUCGCGCCAAACGUAGCAGCAGGCAAUUCCCUGAAGCCUUAGAGGACCUGAAUGAAGCCAUAAAGCAGUGCCCCAACAACCGAGAGAUCCAGCGGCUGCUUCAGAGGGUAGAGGAAGAAUGUCGCCAGCUCAACCAGGAGGAGCAUCCGCAGCCAGAGCUGGAGUUGGAACCUCCUCCUUCCCCUCCUCCUACGCCUCCCCCAGAAGAAGAGGAGUCCCUGUCCCUGUCCAUGCCUCUCCCUCCUCCCCCAGAGCCCCGUUUGGAGGACAUGGAGCCUGUCCAGGACCUGUUUGAGGAUGAGGACUACCUGGAGCAGGAGCUGGAGGCCAUGUCGAUGGGCUUGCCCCCGCCGGAGUCUCUCUCCAACCCCUCCAGCCUGCCCAUCAUUCAGAGCCCACCACUCUCCCCCACACACCCCGAUCAGAUCUAUUUAGCCGGAGGUUCCCCCAUGGGCCAGCCGUACGAGUACCACCCCACCUCAUCGUCCAUGUCCUCCCCAACCCGCGGGACUUACCAGCCCACAUCUCCUUCUCUGUCCCCAACACACCAGAACUCCCACUAUCGACACAGCCCGCCUCAUACCUCCCCGGUACACCAGCCGUCCUACCGCUUCAGCCCCCCUCCUAUGGGUAGUGGGGGGCAGGUGAUGGACCACCAGAGCCCCCCACCUUCCCCUUUGCGUCGGGCUGCUCAGUAUAGAGCCAGCCCCCCAGUGGAGGGUGUUUGCCUGUACAGGUCGCAGUCCGGCUCUCCUGUGCGCUACCAGACAGAGCAGCUCCCCGGCCGCCCCAAGUCGCCCCUAUCGAAGAUGAGCAGCCAGCGCUCCUUUCAGCUGAGCUCCCAGCCUUCCCUGUCCUCCCAGCACCACCAAGCCCAAGGUCUACGCCUGCAGCCCUCCAUAGCCCAAAUAGUCCGCACCAACCAGCCCAGCAAUGUGAUGGGCAACAGUGGCUAUAGUGGCCAGAUGGGCCACCCCAUGGGUGGCCGCUACCAAGGGGGUUCAGUGGACGUGGAGAGCCGUCUGGUGUACCAGCCCUCCUUGGAUGGACGGCCCAUGUCCCAGGUCCAGGCCAGCCUCAGCGCUGGGGCCCUCUGUCAGCACGGGGGCCGAGGAGGGGUUAUGGAGUCCGGCCUGUUGAAGGAUGAGCUACCCCAGCGCCCCUCCUCUGCCUACCGCGCCAGCAGUGGGGGCCCGGGGGGCAUCCGUUAUAGCCAGACACCUCAAAUCAGCCGCAGCCAGUCAGCCGCCUACUACCCUGUCUCUGAACAUGUGCUGGAGCGCAGCAAUGCCAUGCCCCAAUGCCAGCUGGGCUCCCCCGAGAUCCCCCAUAUGGUGAGACGCCCUGUUAGUGCCAAUACUACUGAGAUGAAGCAGCAUGUGCCCACCCCCAGGCCUCUCAUCCAUUCCCAGAGUGUAGGCCUGCGCUUCUCCCCCUCCAGCAACAACAUCUCUACUGGCUCCACCUGUAAUUUAGCCCCAGGCUUCAGGCCUUCCUCUUCCAUUCAGCAGAUGGAGAUCCCCCUGCAAGCCACGUACGAACGCAGCUGUGAUGACAUCUCUCCCAUCUCUCCCUCUCAGGGGGGCGGUGGGGGCCUGUACCAGGGCGAGACCACCCGUUCCCGGACCACGCCCUUCAUGGGUAUCAUUGACAAGACGGCGCGGACUCAGCAGUACCUGCACCAGCCCUCCCGGUCUUGGGCCAUGACGUCCAUGGACUCUGCCAUCAGCCCCACCUCGCCUGGCCAGCUGGUCCAGCAAGGCUCCACCUACAGUCCUCCCACCUCACUGGGCAACAUUGCCUACUACAACAAGACCAACAACGCCCAAAACGGACACCUGUUGGAGGAGGACUAUUACACCCAGUCCCAGCCCCCCUCACUGGGCAAGCUGGCCAAUGGCUCCCGUGGCAGUGGGGACAUCCUGGAGCGGGUCAGCCAGGUGCCCACCUACCCGGACGUGAAGGUGGCCAGGACUCUGCCCGUGGCGCAGGCCUACCAGGACAACAUGUACCGCCAGCUCUCUCGUGACUCCCGGACCCAAGGCCCCACCUCCCCCAUCAAACCAAAGAGACCAUUUGUGGAAUCGAAUGUGUGAUGGCCUGUCUGUGGUUGGUUGGUUGGACUGGGCUUGCUAGUGGGAGUGAGAGGAGUGAAUAUUUAGCUGUACAGCAGAUGCUGCUGACCCUUGUGUAUGUGACAUGGAUGGACUCGUCAUAAAGAACUCAAGAGAGACAGUACAGUUCCACUCAGAGAGAAAAUCACACAGUCAGCACACAUACUUAGGGUAUUUGACAUACUUACAUGAUAAUACUACUAACAAAUGUGAGAAGGGAUUAUUUCAUUAUCAUAUUCUGCACACAAGUAGGAUACCCAGGAGGGUCCUGUGUUCUAAUCUCAUACUGAAUCGAAGACCAGUGCACUUCCAAAAGGUUGUGUGGCACAAUGUUCCCACAGGUGAACGCUAUGUGUGGGACUGUGAGAGUGAAAGUACUAAUCAUUGAACUCUCUCUACUUGUGGACUAUGUAUCCAUCUUCUGUUCUUUCAAAGUGUGCUCUUAACCAAGGUUGCUAGUAGGCUCUACUCUAUGUAAUACAAUAUUAUAUGUUCAAUACUGUACAUUGCUCAGAAAAUAAAAAUGGCUCAACAACUCAGUACUUAGAGAAAAAUGACAAUAUUUAUAAUUAAGUUAUAUAUUGUACAUAGAUAUACAAACAAAGCAUAGUUUGCGUUUGAACUGUAUUCUGUUAAACCCUGCCUUUGUGUCUCACUGCUAGUCAUAUGGAUGCUGAAAACCUACCAGGGCCAGGAAUGAGGGACAUUGACCAACUUUGAAUGACAUAAUUACCUCCAUUGUGUCAAAAAAAAAAAUGCUUUUGUCAUGGUGUAAUGCAAGCAAAUGAUUUUUUUUUUUUUUUUUUAAUUUGUCCACAGUAAAACCUCACUUAUCUGAACCCUUUUCAUGCGGGGGCACGUUAAAGUGAAAUAUCUGGAUUAAUGAGUUGCACAGAUGCAGAGGUCUAAAGCUUCUCCAAAAUGUGAAACGUGCACGCACGCGCCUUUCAAAAGUUUCCGUUGAAGUUGGUUAAUGCUUUAAUUGCAUGUAUCGACCGAAAGAUUCAACUGUUGCACACAAUUACCAGAAUUUAUUUUUUGCAUCCACGGGUUUUGUUGAUUAUUUCAUUUUGGAAACCAGUCAUUUCAGAUAUUUCAGGUUCAGAUAAAUGAUGCACUACUGUAUUUCUUUUUGUAUCAUUACUGUAUUAUAACAGACCUCAUGAUAUGCCUUAGUGUGAAGUUAAACUAACUGCCAAGGCUGCAAACUCUCACCCUUUCUGACGUAUUGGACUAGCUCCCUACCAAUAAACAACUUUGAAUACUUGCUUAACUGUGUGCUUGUAAAAAAAGAAGUGAUUAGCUUUAGUUUUGUACAAGCUCAUGAGGAUAGUUUUGCAAAAUUCUCAGACGUUGUUUUGAGAGAACGGUGUACUGUAAUAGACACUAAAAUUAGGCCAUGAGUGCAAUACAUUGAUUUCUUGUGUUUUAAUCGUUGGCUGCAGGAAUUUGAAAUCAUCUCCGGGCUUUGUGAUGCAGGCAUGACGAUGAAGCGUAGAUCCUAAGAUACUCGCAGCACGAGUGUCAAAAGUUUGGCUAUGUCCCUCCUCUGUGCGCACCAUUACUGAGAGAGAAUAGAACGUACAUAGGCUAGUACGACAGUUUAACACGGAUAGUGCUCAGCAACUAGUGAAUGCAUUUACACACACCACUGUUAGAGAUGUUACCCUUUCUUCUGCAUCAAUUCAUGCUGUUUCUUUUUACCCAUAACACCUUUUUAUUAUUAAGCCACUUCUGCACUAAAAUGCCUGUGAAGUUCUUAACUAAGGGUGCACUUUAUGUAUUUUACUUACUUUAUUGUUAUGAUUGUUGAAUUUGGAGAAAGUGGAUGUGUGUGUCGGUCAGCUGUGGCUCCUCUGACCAAUGAUAACCAGACUAUCAUAGACACUAUUAUAUGAUUUACAAAGCAGUAAAGAAUGACAAUACGAAGAGCAAACAAUGUUUUUAAACUGGUGGAGAUGUAUAGACUUUAUAGCACAAGAUGUAUCUGCUGUAAAUACCGGCUCAAAUAUUGCAGUCCAGCUCUGGAUUCUUAGUUAAGCAAGAUUGUUUUCACAAAAAAACAAAAAAAAAAACCCAAAAAGGUUUACGUUACAUUUGGCACCAUCUCAGCCCAGUACUCCAGCACUGGAAAACCUCCACUAUAGCCCUCUAACUCAGCAGCGCUAAGCCUUUCUCAGUGUGUUGAACUCCUAAAUCAGCCGGUCCAAUCCACUGAUCCUGCACACAUCUCAAGUAGAAUUUACUGCAACAAAAUAAUGUAAAGGCUUCGCGAUAAUUCAACACCCGGCCUCUCAUUGCAGAAUGUGGGUGCUUGUGAUUAAAGCAGUAUAAAGGGGACAUGCAGGUUAUUUGUAAAUGCUGACAAAGUUGCCUAAAAACCACCCAUCCAUCCAUAAGCCUUUAUUUUGGUCCUCUGAUAAAGAAUAUCUUUGAGAGAUGGUUGCUUGGUCACUGGUCAUUCGGCAAAUGUCUGCCUCUUAACUUUUCACCCUCAAGUUCAUCUGCUACCAGAGAGAUGCCCAAUAGUUCUCUACAGAAGUGAAGACAUAAACUGUAUUAUACUUAAUUUAAACAAGACUUCUAAGUUGAAGAUAUUUGGGGAUGUAUGGUUUCGACCUGUCGGUGUAUAUUAGUUUGCUGUAAAUAGUCUGAUGCAUGUUCUAUUCUUUCCAUGAGCUCAAGCCGAAAACAUGUAUAGCAGUGUCCUGAUUCUGGUGUGUGAUAUACUGUUUGGAUUUGGGAUUAAGAUAAGGAGACUGCUACCCCUGAACAUCCUUAUCAUUUUCCUCCGACCUCACCAGACAAAAGCGAAAAACUCUCAAGAUUAUUUUAUUUUAUUUUAAUGUAUUUGCUUGCUGAGCAGAGUUCUCUUGUCUGUAAAUGUGAGCUUUCAGAUCGCUGUGAUAAAAAAGUUUAAUUAAAAACAAUAAAAAGAAUGUGUUUUUA